GCGUCAUGGCGGCUUCUUUUCCGCUCCCAGUGACCCAGGACCUGUCCACGUUGCGUGCCAAGUUGCAGGGACUGCUGCAGUUCCUGAGAGAAGCCCUGUCCAUUUCCAGUGCACAUACGGUGGACUUCUACACUGAGUCCGUGUGGAAGCAACUGGUCGACUUGCCCCCGGAGACCGUGCUGGGGGUGCUGAGGCGGUCAGCGGCCGAGGCGGAGGCUCGGUCCCCCGAGGCGCGCCUCCUGGUGGAAGCCGAGAUGGGAUCAGGUAUUGCCAAUUUUCCCCAAAUAUUUUGUGAAACUUCCCAGAAGCUAGUGAGUGUGGAAGCCUUUGCUUUGGCUGUGAGAUAUUAUUCUGUACAAAACUUGGGAAUAUGUACUCCUUUUGAACAGUUGCUUACAGCCCUUCGAGGAAAUCAAAAACAGAGAACUGGUGAAAAUGUGAAACCAGAUGAGUUUAUGAAUUUGAAAAAGUCUCAUGAAGUUCAGGUUAUGUCAGAGCUGAUCAGCAGUAUUGCUGAUUACUGUGGAAUAAAGCAGGUAAUUGACCUGGGUUCUGGAAAAGGCUACCUAAGCUCUUUUUUGUCCUUGAAGUAUGGCUUAAAAGUUUAUGGAAUUGAUUCCUCAAAUACCAAUACUCAUGGAGCUAAGGAGAGAAACAGGAAAUUGAAGAAACAUUGGAAAGUCUAUCAUACUCGGUCAAAAUUAGAUGGCAAUGGACUGGCAUUAAAAAUGGCAAAAGAAAGAAAAGUGCAAGAUGAAAUUAAAUAUAAAGUAGAUAUUGAGGGAAUAUGUAACAACAGUCCUGCAAAUCAAGGAAAGAUGUCUACCUCGGAUUUUUUGCCAGAUUUUUCGGAUUCUGUAAUUUCUAACAUUAGAACACAAAUGGAAAACCUACAUGUGUAUUCACAUCGAGAAGAAAAUUUGUGUUUUGAAAAUGCCUUUUCUCUUAUAGACCUUUUGCCUAUUAAUGCUGUAGAACCUACUUCAUUGCAAACAUCUAAGAGAAAUAUGUCUGAAGCAAAUAAAGAGAGAAGAAAAAUGAUAUCAAAGUCAAAUGAAUCAAAUAUAUACUCACCUUUAACGUCUUUUAUCACUGCUGAUUCAGAACUGCAUGAUAUUAUUAAAGACCUGGAGGAUUGUUUGAUGGUAGGCCUCCAUACUUGCGGUGAUCUUGCUCCAAAUACCCUGCGAAUAUUUACUUCCCAGCCUGAAAUCAAGGGAGUUUGCAGUGUGGGUUGUUGCUAUCACCUCUUAUCUGAAGAAUUUGAAAACCUGCACAAAGAAAGCACCCAAGACAAGUGGGGAUUUCCAAUGUGCCAUUAUUUAAAGGAAGAGAGAUGGUGCUGUGGUCGUAAUGCCAGAAUGUCAGCAUGUUUGGCAUUGGAACGGGUUGCGGUUGGCCAAGGGCUGCCUACUGAAUCACUCUUCUAUCGAGCUGUCCUUCAGGAUAUUAUUAAAGAAUGUUAUGGCAUCACCAAAUGUGAUCGGCAUGUUGGUAAAAUUUAUUCCAAAUCCUCUUCCUUUCUGGACUAUGCCAGAAAGUCUCUAAAGAAGCUUGGGUUAGAUGAGUCCAAGCUGCCAGAAAAAGUUAUAAUGGACUACUACGAGAAGUACAAGCCUAGAAUGAAUGAGCUGGAAGCUUUUAAUAUGUUGAAAGUUGUUCUGGCUCCUUGUAUAGAGACACUGAUUCUUCUGGAUCGACUUUGCUAUCUGAAAGAGCAGGAAAAUAUUGCAUGGUCUGCACUUGUGAAGUUGUUUGAUCCUGUGAAAUCUCCCAGAUGUUAUGCUAUUAUUGCUCUGAAGAAGCAGCAAUGAUUUCAGUUGAAGCAAGGUAUUAGAUGUAUCUGUUUGUGGAAACUAUCACUAAUUUUGCUCUUCUAAACAUUUAUGUUGUGUUAUGUAAAUAUUUGAAAAAACAUUGCUCUAUAUUUUAAAUAAACAAUAAAAUAAUAGCUAACAACAGAACACCAUAAUCUAUUUUUCCAUUGUCAAAGCAUACAUUAAUAAAACAAGAACUCAUGAAAAUAUUUAAAGUAUUGACCUACAUUCCUGAGUUACUGUAUCAAUAGGACAUUGUAAUCUGACGCUUGUUUCCUAUUGUUUGAGACCCUUAAUAUUUGCUACAUACCACAUUUUGACUUUUAUUGAUUUAAAAACUUUUUGGACAGAGGAAAGUUAUAGGUGUAUAUAUAAUAAAAUUAGCACAGAAGAUCACUUUCAUUUUCCUCCAGAUUUUGGAAGGAUUUUCCAUGUCAUCUGGAGGGAAAAAUCCAAAAAGGAAAGAAACACCCAGGAACCAGGCAGAUACAAAAAGUGCUUAAUAUGUGUUUUCAUCUAAGUUACAUGAAAAGAUAUUCUGUGUCCUUAAAGAAAUAUGCAUCUUGUGAGCUUCGCUUUAAGGAAUCUUGAAGCUACUUAUCUUACUAAAAUAGAUAAUUACCUUGUGCUCUGUAGAAAGCCAGUCUGAGAAAAGCAAGAGAGAAUUAAAGAAGGCCAGUGCUAUGCCCAGUGUGGUACAGGUUCUUUUCAUUUGCAGAAAUCUUGAGAUUUCUAAUAUACACAGAAGAUACGACAGUUGGCAAAAAGCUUCCUUGAUGCUCAGCAAAAGACUAUAAAAUUCUCCCAUCAGAAGAAGUAACUACUCUCUUAAAUUUUAGAGUCUAUCCGCAGAUGGAAAGAAUAAGUUUUUGCUCUGUGUUGUGAUAGGAAGUUUGCAGCCAUUAUAUAUGUGGAUGAUCAGGUACUUUGUAUAGCUAGUACAAUACUGGGGAAAAUAGCCACUUUUUAAGCUUUUUAUUAUGGAACAUUUCAAAUAUGUUCAGAAAUGAAGAGUAGAGUCUAACGAAUCGCAUGUACUCAUCACAAACUUCAAUAAUUAUCAACAUUUUACCAGUCUUGUUUCAUCUGUACACUUACGAGCAUGCACCCGUUCACAUUUGCCACCCCACCCACCGUUCCCAGAUAUGUAAGAUUUUGAACUUUUGCCCUGAUGCCUAAAUAUUUAUAUAACAUUAUUUUCUCAUUAUAAUAAAGAAAAAAAACUUCAUGUGUGUAAAGCUCUGUUUAGUAAAGUGAACUCCAACUGUUUCAAUACCAAGGAAACUUUGUAGUAACUUCCCUAUGCCUUAAAACAUUGUCAGAAAUUAUAUUUAUCAGUUAAUACUUUCCAUUUUUAAUAGAGACAUUUCUGUGAUUCAAGCUAAUCAACAUGAGAUAACUUGUAUGACCCACUGAGAUGAUAAUAUUUCAGCAAAAGAACAAAGAAAUAUAAUAUUUUGGCAGGACUACAGCUUUAUACACAUGAAUCCCCAUUGCAAUGUUUGUAGACUCUCCUCUCAUAAAAACUGCUCUUUGAGAACUCAUUUACAGUUGAGCUAAAGAAUGUGAUGUAUUGGCAGGAGCAUCAGUCCUGACAGUUACAUUCUGAGUGAGCUAAAGCAAGACUCUUAAUAUCUCAGAGCCUCAUUUGUAAAGUGGGUUUCAUUUAAUUUUCAUUUUAGAAACAUUUAUUGAAUGCUUAUCAUGUGUCAGAUGUUAGGCUAGGCACUGGCAGCAUGGAGACAAACAAGAUAUGUCCCUUUUCUCAAAGAGCUCACAGUCUAGUAAGAAAGACAACAAAAUUACUAAUUACCAUAAUUAGUACUGUAAUUAUUGUAUAGGGCUGAGAGGGUCAGGACAUGAGAUCCUUUAUGGCACCUUCAAAUUGAUAAGACUUCAAGGGAAGAUAGGCUCAGUAAUAUUAGUACCAUAGUUUAGAUUCAUAUGAGUUAAAUUAUUGUCUGUCCUUGUGUAGGUCACUUUAGUAUUCAGUAUGCCUCAGGUUUCUCAUCUGUAAAAAGAAUAUAAGAAUAAAAUUUACUUAUAAAG